AUGGUCCGUUUUUAUUCUGGGAAGAAUAUUCCAAUGAUACUUGGUCGAGACCAAAACCUCUACGAAACAGACAAAGAUCUCAAUUCCUCCGGUUGUUUCUAUCAGAAAUCGGUCCCAGAAGGCGCAAACGGAAGACUUGAUAACGAUUUAUUAUAUGGCCUCAAUACUCAGCUCAGAAUAUCAAAACGGAUAUGGUAUGACGCCGUUAAAGGGUUUAAUCUCACUCGUGACUUCGCCGACCUCAUUGACUCUAUGAUCAAACAAACUGGAAAGAAACCCACAAUUAUAGCAAUCGGUCCUGUUACUAAUAUUGCCACUCUUCUACGUGCCUUUCCAACUUAUUCCAAAAAAAUUGAACGAGUUGUCUGGCUAGCUGGAGCUUUAAAAGUUCCCGGGAAUUUAUUCAGCGUACCGAAUAAUACUGGAGCCGAAUUCAACGUUUUCCUUGACUGUGUCGCCGCCAAUGAAUUACUUGCUUCUGAAUUAAAUAUAACCUUAUUACCACUCGAUUUUACGAGUAAAACGUUGCUCAAUGCUGCUUUCUUUGAUAAACUGUCAGAGCUUACAAGUUUUUACGGGAAGUUCACAUAUAAUCUUUUGUCAAUUAUUCGAGCGACAUGGUUUGAUGGAUAUUCCACGUUUUUUGCUAAAUAUCAACUUUGGGAUCCUAAAGCCGUCUCCAUUGUUAAGGGGAUAGACGUUUCGGAGCCUAUAUCAAACCGUUCAUUGGCUGUUACUUGCGUUGGAGAUGUAAACUGUGAUGGACAGUUUAUGGUUUCUCGGGUUUUGACUAAGGCUAAUCUUUAUGUUGCAUUGAUGUGCUUAGAAAAGAGUAGGCUUGUACAAAUGAGUAUUUUGUCCGAAUAG